GGGAGGUUGUUAGCACCUCGAAGGAGGUUGUUUCUUCAUUUCUCUCCAAGGGGAGGGGAGAGGGAAAAAUUUGUAUGGAAUUGAAAAGAAGUGAAUCUGACGAUCAUCGUAUCCGUGUAUGAAAAGCAGUUGCAAAAUUUUUUCAAUAAUAUUUUUUUCUUAAAUAAAAAUUCAAAGUGAGUAAAUAUAGUAAAUGAAACGGAGUUUUUACGAUCGGAUUAGUAUUAAGAAUCUUCCUCGUGCGAUAAAAAGAAAGAAAGAACGGAGGAUGAAAUAUACAAACGGAGAUACGAGCAACAUCGAUUUAACUUGAUUAAAAAUUGUAAGGGAUUGCGCGAGAGGAUCGUAAUGCGCGGUUUUAACACGGAUGUGCUUGCAAAUUACGAAGAAGAUUAAGAAAUUCCCCAAAGUUCCCCAAGAAACUUGUCCCCAAGGAAUCGUUCUUAGUCCACGAUAGAAUCUCCCGGAGAAAUUUCAAAAAGUGGAUCCACCGCGAUAUUUUCGAAAUCGAGAUCGAACCCGCGAUCAAGAAAGAUCGUUUCGUGGAAAGUUGUGGAAUUGUAGGGAGUGGAUGACGAAUCCCGGCCAAACACGAGCAAACAGGUCUCCUCGAGGAAGUUUCCCCUUCGAGGAAAACUGGAAAGCUUGGUGAAUUGUUGGAGCGGAAGUUGAGCCGAGGGAGCGUCGAAUCGAGCAUCGAAUCGAAGGUGGACAGGAUCGGAUCGGGAGAGGAAGGGAGAGGAAGGGAGAAAGAAAUUCGAAACGGCUGCUCGACGAAAGUGGGUGUGGUGUGGAUCGAAGGAUCGAUCUCGUUGGGAAAUCGAUCCGUACAACUCUGCCAGAUGACUUUAAGGAGGGUCCACGAGGACUCGGCUGACACGUCGUCGAUAUUCGAGUACGAGGACGUGAUAAAGUUAUAAUAACAGGAGGGAGCCUUAAGUUGAAAAAUCGUUGGCCGUGUGAGAGAGAAAUAUUUCUAGUUAGUAACCGCUCCUAUUUCCCUUAAACAAAGAGAAACAAAAAAAGAGAGAGAUAUAUAUAUAUUCAUAUACCUAGAUAUAUAUGUAUACAUAAAUGAUAUAUUGAUGUUAAUCGAAUCGUUUAUAUUGAUCGAUCGUUUUUCUUUCCACUCCCGUUCUGUUGAAAGAUAAAACCGAUUAUCGACGAUUCCUAGGGGCAAGGUGGGGGUGACACGGAAAAUUGGCGAGGAAACACGAGGGGAAAAAUGGCGAUGGUAAUAUCGCCCCGUAGCAAGAUCGUGACAUUGUCGUUGUUGAUCGGUAUUAUCACGGUGGUGGCGUUCAUAGUGACUGUGAUCGGGAUAUGGCACAAGAGCGAGAAAAGCCCUGGCAAGACUGGGACGAAGGUGGUCAGCAGCAAGCUUCAACAGAUCACCGGAUACACUGCCACCAAACACAUCGGACGAGACGAUGACGAAGACAGAAGCGAGGAAAGCAAUCCACCGCCAUUCAUCACACCCCCUCCUCCCAACCCGGACUACAAGGGACCGAAAGGUGAGAAAGGUGAUAAAGGCGACAAGGGUGAGAGCGUUAGGGGACCUCCAGGUCCUCCUGGUCCACCUGGUCAAGAUGAGGGUCCGCCAGGGAAGAAAGGAGAACCCGGCACGUGCACCUGCAAUGCAACAGCCCUGAUGGCAUCCUUUACGAUGCCAAAGAUGAUCCAGGGACCGAAAGGAGAACAAGGGGUGCCGGGGCAAGAAGGAAAACAAGGCCAAAUGGGGCUGACGGGUGUUGCUGGGCCACCAGGAGAGAGAGGAUUAGAAGGGCCACAGGGGCCCAAGGGAGAUAAAGGUGACGUGGGAAUAUCGGGACCGGAAGGUCCUCAAGGCCAAAAAGGCGAACCUGGCCGCGAUGGAAUACCAGGAGAAAAGGGCGCUCAAGGACCUCCAGGCCCCCCAGGAAAAGGAGAAUUCUCCGGAUACGAUCCCAGUUGGAAACCUCGAGGCAUUUAUAGGACGGAAGGAAUCACGAUGAGGCCAGGAUUGCCAGGGCAGAAAGGCGAGGCAGGCCUUCCGGGAAGUCCAGGACCAAAAGGAGAGACGGGAAUCGCUGGUGCCAAAGGUAACAAAGGCGAGCCAGGUCAUAAAGGCGCGAAAGGAGAUCACGGGAAUGAGGGUGCUCGAGGAAUUCAAGGAUCGAAGGGUGAACCUGGUGCACCGGGAGCGCCGGGUCUCCCUGGUGCACCAGGUGAGAAUGGAAGGCCAGCUGAAAAGGGUGAUAAAGGAGACACAGGGCCAGAAGGGAAACCAGGCCCCCCGGGAGCGCCUGGACCGCCAGGAUUGCCUGGAUUAAGCGGUCCUGGAGGAGUAAACGUUGGAGAAUCGAUGUUAAGGGAAAAAGGCGACAAAGGAGAGGGUGGUGCGCGUGGUUACAAAGGAGACAAGGGCACCAAAGGCGAGAAGGGAGAUAAAGGUGAUUCUGGACCAGCAGGAAUUCCCGGUGUAAAUGGUAUUCAAGGACCGCAAGGGAACAAAGGCGAGCCAGGCAAGGAUGGAGUUGCCGGUGUUCAGGGAAUCGUGGGUGCAAAAGGUGAAAAAGGUGAGAGAGGUCCGCCAGGAGCCACCGCUAUAGCGAGUUCCGGAGACUACAUCACGAUCAAGGGUGAAAAGGGCGCGGAGGGGAAGAGGGGGAGAAGAGGACGCCCUGGACCACCGGGACCCGUCGGCCCACCUGGAAAGCCGGGAGCGAUGGGAGAAAUUGGGUUGCCUGGAUGGGUGAAUACCAUGAAAGGUCGUCCUGGAACUCCCGGACUUCCUGGACCUGUUGGACCAGCGGGGCCCAAGGGAGAAAAAGGAGAACCGGGCACACCGAGCCCUUAUGGAGUCUCUGUCGGUGUAAAGGGUGAUAAAGGAGACGAUGGUUUUCCUGGAAUUCCAGGACAACCAGGAAGGGAAGGUCAAAGAGGACCGCCAGGACCUCCAGGACCACCUGGACCACCAUCUCAAGGAAACUAUAUUCCAGUCCCGGGACCUCCAGGACCUCCUGGACCACCAGGUCCACCCGGAUUAUCUUUAAUCGGACAAAAAGGAGAGCCAGGAAUCGGCAGAAGUCACAUCUUUGGUGAAAGAGAUUAUUAUGGAGUUAGACAAGUUCAAAGUGUUAAAAAAAAACACGUUCCAUAUCCUACGCUGCAAGGACCAAGAACUAGUCUAGACGAAUUGAAAGCACUGCGGGAAUUAAAACAAUUGAAGGAACUAAAAGAACAUUUAGGUGCUGGAACAACUGCAACCAGAGGUCCUCUCGAAAGCACAACAAAGAUUGUACCAGGAGCAGUAACUUUUCAAAAUACCGAAGCUAUGACGAAAAUGUCUGCCGUGAGCCCAGUUGGAACAUUAGCUUACAUUAUAGACGAACAAGCACUACUCGUUAGAGUGAAUAAUGGCUGGCAAUACAUUGCAUUGGGCUCACUUUUACCAAUAACUACACCAGCACCACCUACUACAUCACCACCCCCGAUGAAUCCACCUUUUGAGGCUUCUAAUCUGAUCAAUCAAAUACCCGUAAAAGCAGACGGAACAGGAUGGUAUCCACGAAUGUUACGAAUGGCUGCUUUGAACGAACCCUUUACCGGGGACAUGCACGGUGUACGAGGAGCUGACUACGCUUGUUAUCGACAAGCGAAGCGAGCUGGUUUGAGGGGUACAUUCCGCGCAUUCCUCAGUUCUAGAGUUCAAAAUGUUGACAGCAUCGUGAGGCUUGGAGAUCGAGAUUUGCCUAUCGUUAACAUAAAGGGGGACGUUCUCUUCAACUCAUGGAAGGAAAUGUUCAACGGAAACGGGGCCUAUUUCUCACAAAACCCAAGAAUCUAUAGUUUUAAUGGGAAAAAUAUCCUCACUGAUUUUGCAUGGCCAGAAAAAGUGGCAUGGCACGGAUCACAUAAAUUAGGAGACCGAGCAAUGGACACGUAUUGCGACGCUUGGCAUUCAAGUAGUUCGGAUCGUUAUGGAUUAGGAUCACCGUUAACAGGAGGACGCCUCUUGGAACAAGUUCGUUAUUCGUGUGACAACAAGUUCGCGCUACUCUGUAUAGAAGUAACCAGCGAGACCACAAGGAGGAGAAGAAACGCCGAAAUUGUGGAGGACGAGGACGAGAUGUCGGAAAACGAUUACAAGGAAUACUUGGAUUCUCUCAUGGAAGACUAACUUUUAUACCACUUCCU